AUCACGUUACUGGUAUGAGCUCCUGGAUUUAAAAGUGGAGUCGCAGGAUUUUCUUUCAACUCAGACAUGAACUGGGACAAUCAGCUCAGCUCUAUACUGUCAGUAGCAGAUGGUAGCGUUGCAAAGAUGAGGGAGAGGCUGACAUCACCGGGGAAAUUCACCAAAGCAGGAGAAGAUUUGUUUCCAGUAAGGGAGAGGAUCCAUGAGUCAGAUUUGGACCCUCCCGCUCUUCCUCCUCGAGUCCCCCUUCUCCGACAGCCUUCCCCAUCUCUCAGUCCUGGUGUUCAGUGGGCAGACCUGGCUGCUAUCCAAUCACAACUCCAGAUACAGAGCCAGGCGAUUGAGUCUCUCACCCAGAAACUCCAUGACAUGGAAAGGGAAAGACAGUCUCAACAAUGUCACAUCCAGACACUACAAGAGGAGGUUCACAGGCUGAGGGAGAGGGAAAGAGAGAGGGACGAAUCGAGGAGGGGACAAAGUCCAGGAGCAGAGCGGAGGUUGGAGCAAUGGCGUAGGGAGGUUGGACGUGAGCUGAGCAGUCUACGGGGACACAUCACCAGAGCCACGUCGCUAGGCAACCUGGAGGAGAGUUUCAGCUCCAAGCUCCGACGAGAGGAGCUGGAACACCUGCGGAGAGAGGUGGACCAACUGAAAACGAGACUAAGGAGACAAGAGGAGGACGUGUUCCUCCAGCAGGCAGAGACCAGAGAGACCAGGAGACAGUACGAACACAGCUGCAAGACACUGGAGGAGCUGACAGACAGCUACAGAACUCAUAGCACUGAUCUGGCAAAGACACUCUCUAAGUAUUCACACACACAAGAAGAGGUCCGCCAGAUCAGAACAACUGUGUCAGAGCUGAAGGAGGAGGUCAGGAGACUUAUUCUCCGAGAACGUGAACCAACACCUUUGCUGUCAGCACACACAUCAGGGCCAGCACCGCUCCCGCUCCGUCACAGCCACAGCAGAGGGGUCAGAGUCGAAGAGGCGGACUCUGACUCAGAAGACUUCAGUCCAACCCCGAGCCUGGCUGAAGUGAGCUCAGAUGAUCUGUCCUGGCUGGACGACAAAGAGCCUGCUCUUCAUCAGAAGCCGCGAGUGCGUCUGAGCGUUCAGUCCAGACGGAGUGACUUUGCUGGUCCGGGAUCAGAUCUGGAGGAGGAUGAUGAUGAUGAUGAUGAUGAUGAUGAAGCGAUAUCUGCUAGAGGGCUGAGGGCUGUACAAACUGCCGAGGACUGCGAUAGCCACAAAUUGUCUUUAAGUAAUCUGCAGUAACUGCCUCCACAUGCACAGACUGGUAAGAUGCUGAGAACAAACUAAGAAGAGCUUUUUUUUGUUGUUGUUUAAAAAGCUGAGAUUUCUUGUGAGAACAUUUUUUGCCAUGACGGUGGAUAGCAGAACUUUGUAGUAUUUUUGUAAGCUGUUUUAUUUCUCACUACAGUGUUCACUGGUUGAACCUUUGGGCACAAAAAUUUGAAAUCAGUCGCCACUUUUAUGCUGCACCCUCUGCACCCAUGUUGCAAGUCACUGACAAUAAAUUAUGGGUCUUACCAGAGUUAAAGGAUUGGAGGACUGUGAUUGGUCCACUAAACCACAAUGUUUGGUUUUAGACAGAAGUUUUAAAAAUAGUUAUGUUUAGGCUUGUUAACAUUACAGAUUGUUGGAGUUGGAUAGAGUUUUAGUGUAGUUAAGUACUGCAGGCCUUUCAUCUCUGCCCACUACUACAGUGUUACACCACUGAUCACUGCUUUUGAUAUAUAUUGCCUUUUAGUUGGCAUUUUUGAAUUAAUCAAUCUGUUAUAACAAGCUAAUUUAACAGUACCUUAAUGAAAUUGUACUUCUACUGAGCUUUGUACAGUAUUACAUCGAGUACAGAUUCACAGCACCUUUUAAGCUUUAAGUUCAGGUGAUUGUGUACAGUACAGUAAAUGUAAGCUACACUAACAGAGUAAUGGAUAUUUAAUGGGGUUUUCUUGCUGACAUAUUGCACUCUUCAAUCCAGGAGGAAUCUCACGAGGGAUGAGGUUUUGAUUCCUGGUAAUGCAGCUGAAGUGAUGGCAAAGAGGAAUCAAAAAUCCAUUACCACUAUCAAGGCACCUGUUUUGUCUCCAAACAAUAAAAUUCUGUGUAAAAGUUAAAAGAGAGGAGCUUGACUUUCUAUGGCUGCUUCUAUAGAUCAGUGUUGUGUUCUGGUUGUGCUUGGUGCUGCAGCCAAACAGCAGUUUACAACAAACUCUGUGAAUAACAGAUCUGAAGUGGGAUAAAGAGGAAAUAGAGAGGAUGGUUUCAAAAUACUUUUAAUCAUAAAACACAGUCCAUAAUCCACAUCUGGCAGCAAAGCCUCAUUAUGCAUUCAUUACAGUUUUUAACACCAAUAUCAGAGAUCUCAAGUGUAUAAUUUACUGCUGGAUGUACAGACGGUUGACAAAAGGAAGAACGAGGGUUCAAAACAGUAAAUGAGGGAAUAUCUUUAGUUGUUUAUGCCUCCAGUAUCAGCCAUAGCAAGACAUUUAUUCCUUUAAUUUGCCCCCCAUCUGUAGCUAUUAAUGUUUGAAAGGUUCGAUUACGAACUGACUAAUUGAAAUAAUAUUAGCUCCCGAAUGAUUUCCAUCAACGUCAGUCGCCACUCAAUGGAUGUAAUGCUUUCCUUUUAUGCUGCACCCUCUGCACCCAUGUUGCAAGUCACUGACAAUAAAUGAUGGGUCCUACCAGAGUUAAAGGAUUGGAGGACUGUGAUUGGUCCACUAAACCACAAUGUUUGGUUUUAGACAGAAGUUUUAAAAAUAGUUAUGUUUAGGCUUGUUAAGAUUACAGAUUGUUGGAGUUGGAUAGAGUUUUAGUGUAGUUAAGUACUGCAGGCCUUUCAUCUCUGCCCACUACAACAGUGUUACACCACUGAUCACUGCUUUUGAUCAAACCUAUAGUAUGCUUAUAUUGCCUUUAGUUGGCAUUUUUGAAUUAAUCAAUCGGUUAUAACAAGCUAAUUUAACAGUACCUUAAUGAAAUUGUACUUCUACUGAGCUUUGUACAGUAUUACAUCGAGUACAGAUUCACAGCACCUUUUAAGCUUUAAGUUCAGGUGAUCGUGUACAGUACAGUAAAUGUAAGCUACACUAACAGAGUAAUGGAUGUUUAAUGGGGUUUUCUUGCUGACAUAUUGCACUCUUCAAUCCAGGAGGAAUCUCACGAGGGAUGAGGUUUUGAUUCCUGGUAAUGCAGCUGAAGUGAUGGCAAAGAGGAAUCAAAAAUCCAUUACCACUAUCAAGGCACCUCCAGUGCGAUCUCUUUAUACACACACACAGCUCGGUAAAGUCAGGAGCCCCUUAAUGCUGCCCUGUCUGACAUGAGUCACACUGUGCGAGGCUUGGUGUCAAGCUGUUAAAUAUUUCAGCAUCCAGACACCCCCCAUCGUGGAUCCCAGACCUCAGUGCAGAGCCAUGGGGGAGCUGACGGGCAGGUUAGGUGUUCAGUGGGGUGUGAGUUUUCAGGAUUGGGCGAAGAAAGUGACCACAUACACUAUGUAGCUCAUCCAUCAAUAGUGAGCAAUAAAAGACCUUUCUAACAAACAGUAAAUGGCACAGAGCAGAACAUUACAGUAUUUAAACCUCUUCUAACACGCUCUCUUUGUAUAGUUGUUAAUAUAGUAGUUGGAAGAGACAUUUAAUGAAGAAAAGGCCCAUUUAUUUGUUUGUGGUCAGAUAAUGGCUGAUGAAUCAGACCCUUCUACUGCACUUUUAUUGCAUUUGCCAAGUAUUGUGCAGUGGCGAUGCAGUAAAGCAGUGCACUGAUACAUUCAUUGUUGGUCUGUAAAGAAAAUGUUUAGUGUUUUGUCUCCAAACAAUAAAAGUCUGUGUAAAAGUUAAAA